AUGGAAACCAAUAAGGAUACACUAUAUCCGAAAAUAUCCGCGAAACCAAAGAACCUAAUGCUGGAGUUUAGCAAGUAUCAGAAAAAGACGAAAGGUCGACAGGCUAGCAGCAUCUUGGUCACUGGUACCGUGAAGCUACACGGAACGCAUACUGACUUCCUGAUCCAUGCAAAUGAUACCAUUCAGUUUCAAACUCGCAACAACGAAAACUUUACGGCGGAUAUGGAUACCAUCGGCUUCAUGCCUUUUGCCCAAAUGCUAAAACCACAAAUUUUGCAUUUGAAAAAGCAAAUCCAUGCUAGAUUUUCAACACUAAACCCUAAGGCAAAAUUGGACGAUGCACAUCCGCUCAUUAUCGCUGGAGAGUUUAUUGGUCCCAAGAUUCAAAAAGAUGUGGCUAUUAGUGCACUCCCUCGAAAAUGCUUCGUGAUCAUUUCUGUCUCCAUCAACAAUGAAUGGCAGCCGGAUGAGCAAUACGCCGAUAUCCACAACGAAUCCGUCGGUGUUUUCAAUGUCUCUCGAGGAGGGUUUUUCCACGAGACGAUUACUAUCAAGAAUCCACAGCCAGCAUUUGAGAAGAUGCAAGCACUAGCUGAUGCAGUAGAAAAAGAAUGUCCUUUCGCCAAAUCUUUCGGAAUCAUCGGGCUAGGUGAGGGCAUUGUCUGGAAACCCACCGUGCCUCUUUGUCACGAUGCUAAAUAUUGGUUGAAGCUAAAAGGACCGAUAUCAAUGGGGACUGCUGUGGCUGGACCAACGGCUAGAAUUCCGCAACGAAGCGGCUUUGUGACGCCGAGUUUUUCAAAAGCAACACCUGCAAAUGGUGGUGCACCUUCUAGAGCAACGGGCAACACAACUCAACAUCGUGGGGAUUUCGUAGUUUCUGCGUCUCCACCCUUGAAACCAGCUGAGGCAAGCAAGGGUUCUCCAAACCACUCGGACAACAUGUUAUCAUCACAAAGUCCACAUUCAAGACAUCCACUUUCCGAGAUAAACCCUACCCUAUGGAAGAGUAAGAAUGUCACAGUUGGAACCCCACGGAAUUCGAAGCCUGGUCAGAUUAUCGCUCCCGUCGCAUUGGCACCAGGGAAAGUCAAUGUGGCUCCAUCAGAGAAUUCAAGACCAAAUCAAGGCGCCAGGCCUGCACUAGUACUUGCAGGAGACGAAAAUCGCAGCCUAGAAAGCCCCAAGAACAUGGAAGGCUCUAUAUCCCCGGGAUUCAAGAAAGCCGAAGGAGGUGCCCUAGUGAGCCGAAAAUUUACUGAGAGUACCAAAUCGACACAAUUAACACCUGAGAUGAUCCAACAAGCAAGAUCGGAAAUUAUAGACCUUAUCCAGACCGGCGGGUCUGUGGCAUCAUCAAUGACACGUUAUAAGGUGGACGAGCUUGCGCCGAAAAUUUCUAGCGCUGUUGAGAGUAUUACCUCCUCUCCAGCCACGUCGGAGGGGUCUAGUAGAGAACCUUCGGAGAGCGAAGACGAGAUUCAAGCUGGUUGGCCGCUUCCAUUGCUCUUUAAACGGGCCAAUGAUGCAGAUCCAGAAGAUGCAAAAUCUACUCCCCUGACGCUGAUUCUAGAGAAGUUUGACGAGAUGUCAUUGAAGACCUUUAAGCCAAUUCAUUUACCAUUAAAAUUCAAGACGGUUGAAAUACCAGUAUUGGCAGCAGCUAGAUCAUUCGCAUAUGAAGUAGCCUGGGAUAGAAGGUUGGAGCAGGCCUGGCAAUUCCUUUGCGAGAAUCAGGCUCCAAGAGAUAGGAACGGCAUAGUGGUUUUCUUGAAAUGGUUGUACCACGACAUUGCAGUAGAGGAGAAGGCAGAGAUUGAAGAAAUGAAGAUCGAUAGGCAUUUCUUAAAGAAGGAGAUUGAGAUAAUCGGUAGAGAGUGGUAUUUCGAGGAGCUAUUAUUUAAGGAGCAUGAUUGGAACUUUAAUACUGGGGCGGAGCUUUGA